AUGGAGGUUGGCAGCAUUGCCGAAGCGCUGAAGCAGAACGUUGACGGCAUCACGAGAAUCCCUUCUGAUCGGUUUGAUCUUGGCAACCUCCCUGCUGAUGUGCCUCAGAUGGGAGGAUUUUUGGAUUCACAUCCAGGCUAUGUGGACCGCGAAGCGUUCAAGCUGAACCCAACUCAGGUGAAAAGCCAAGAUCCACAGCAGUUCUUGGCGUUGGAGUCUGCCUUUGAAGCAUGCAAUUCGGCAGGCUUCUUCAAGCACAAGGAGCGCAUGACAGAGGUUGCUGUCUUUGUUGGUGCAAUGAACUUGGACAGCAACUUGAUGUGGAACAUGGAAGCCUGCAAUGGGUACACAGCUGCUGGCAACGCAUCGAGCAUGAUCAAUGGUGCUGUGUCCUUUGCCUUUGACUUUCGAGGGGCGUCUGAAUGCAUCGACACUGCCUGCGCAUCUGGCUUAUCUGCCUUGGCCUCUGCAGAGUCCGAAGUGCAGAAGGGUGCGGAGGGAGCCAUAGCCAUUGGAGUGAAUGCCAUCUUGAGUUGGAAGAUUCCUUUUGCAUUGAACAAAGCUCGGAUGAUCAGUGAUCGGUGCAUGAGUUUCCAUCAAGAUGGGAAGGGCUAUGGUCGGGGAGAGGGAGUCGCUGCUGUUGCCCUGACAAUGUCCGCAGGUUGCAGUGUCCCGUACGCGCAACUCCUCAACAUCUGCCGAAACAACGAUGGCCGGUCAACAGACACCAUCACGAAGCCCUCUCCAGACCAGCAGCUGAGCUGCAUGAAAAAGGCUUGGCAGGGCCGGGCGGCUGUGUGCCAGGCCGUUGAAUGCCAUGGCACAGGUACUCCAAUUGGUGAUCCCAUUGAAGUUCAGAGCGUCGGCAGGAUGUUUGGACAGCCCAAUGGGUCAGGAGUUGCAAUUGGAGCGAUCAAGUCCAACAUCAACCACACCGAAUCCGCUGCGGGACUUGCUGGUUUGAUCAAGGCUGUUCAUGUCGUGCAGUUGUCUGGCAUGUUUCCACAUGGAGCUGGCUUCUGGAGCCCCAAGAAGUCCAUUAACUUGGAGACCGGUGGAAAAGGUUUGAUCCUUUCAACGGAGUUCCAAGCACUGCAGAUCCAGGGCGUAGGGGUCAACUCCUUUGGCUUCUCCGGUACCAACGUGCACGCGGCAUUGAUUCCACCAGCCCAGCUUGAAGACGACGCAGGACCCUCGCCUUUCUCAAGACAUGUUCGGACGCCGAUUGUGGUGCCAAUUUCAUCUCACAGCCCGGGCUCUUUGAGAGUGUCGAUGGAUGACUUGUGCAAGGAAUUGGAGACAGACUUCAGUGACGCAAAGCUCUACCAGGUGGCUCGGCAAAGUGCUUACCGAGAGGUUCGCGCCUGUCGAAAGGCCUUCCUAGACCAGACCCGCGACGCGCUGGCGAACAGCUUGAAGACCAGCGUGGAUGGGGCAGAAGAACCGGAAGCUUCAACAACCAAGCCCAAGAGAUUGGUGCUAGUUGUGCCUGGCAAUGGAUGUCAAGUGCCAAAGAUGCUGUCGAAGACACUGGAAGCGUUCCCCAUCGCAGAACAAAAGUUCCAGGAGCUAAAGGAAGCUCUCAGCGGGCAGGACCUGGAGCUAGAUGCCUUGCUGUCUGCAGAAAAGCUUCCGGAAUCCGUUUUGGAGCAACAAAUCAUGCUCUUCGCGUUCUCGAUGGUUCUAUCGGACCUUUUGCAGGGUCUAGGUCUUCAGAUUCAUGCAGUUGUGGGGCACAGUGCUGGGGAGCUGCCCUGUGCAUACCUGGCUGGCGCCCUGACUUUGCAGGAUGCAGUUAACCUUUUGUUGGCAAAGGUGGAUGGCAACGUGCGGCCAGAUGGAGGCAUGGCAGUGGUGCGAGAGAUGGCCGUGGCAGACGUUGAGGGAAUCCUCAAGAAGUUCAACCAAAACAUGAUGGUCGACUCCGCCAAAAUUCACAUCGCUGCUCAAAACAGCGACCGUUGUUGCACCCUCACCGGCCCGAAGGAUUCGAUGCGCCAGCUGAAGCCCCAGUUUCAGGAGAGGUGGAUGGACCUGGAGAAGGUUCCUGCUGCAUACCAUCACCCAGAGCUGUGUAAGCCUGCGGCAGAGUCCUUCAAGCAGAAGUUCAAGCCAGCCCAAAGCUCUCCGCCUUGUGAGCAUACAGCUUCACAGACUUUCCCAAAGUUCUUUUCCACUGUGGAGGGAUGCGAGCUUGAGCUUCGCAAGUUGGGUCUGGAGUAUUGGACGAAGCACACUUUGGAGAGGGUCAGGUUCUCACAGGCCAUUGAUGCAAUUUUGGGAGAUCAAGGUGAGGGAGAGCUACUCUUCUUGGAGCUGAAGAAGCAGAACGGCAGCCACAUCAUGCACCAAGCUCGCCAAGCGGGUAAGAACGUGACGGUCUUGCCUCUCACCGGGAGAGAUGCUGGGCAGGAGGAGGUGCUUGACAUCAUGAAAGCUCUUGCCAAGCUUUGGGAGCAAGGUCUUGAUGUCGAUUGGAACAAGCUUUGCUACGCAAGCGCAUCGAAGGCUCCAACGGAUCCUUUACUCCAGCAUCUACCAUCGCCAGGCUUCGUCCGAGCGCCGGCCUGGAUUGAGAUGCCCCUGGGCGUGUCCACGGAAUCCAGCACUCAGUCAGCCACCCUGAGCAGUGAACUGACUGAGUCAGUCGGUCAGUCCGAUGCCGGCGGGGAAUCGCUUGAGACGCGGUCGUUGGUGGAAUCACUUAGGGAAUUCUCUUUGGACAAGAACGAGCAUCCCAUUUUAGCCCAGCACAUGAGAAGCGGGAGGCCUUUGGUCCCAGGUGCUUUGCUCCUGGACACGGUGCUGCAGGAGUCCUCGUGGCGGUGCCUGGAGGAUGUGAGGUUCCAGAAUCCAUGCCGUGGGGACCAGUCCAUCGCUUUGCGUAUCUUGGAGGAUGGACACUUCAACAUCAAGACGGCCGAUGGAUCCAUUCACUAUACCGAGGGCUUUGGCAGAGAAACCGACAGCCCCAACCCUGACUGGUCUCAUCGCCUACGCGACUUGAAAGACUGUCAGGGAAGCCGCCUUGGACAAUGGUUUGGUGGGACGAAAACGUUGCCUCUUUCAAGCAUCGUGAAUCUCCUUGGCAAGGGUGGCUUGACCUAUGGCCCUGACCUGAAGGUUGCUGGCGAUCUUCGCAUCAAGGACAAGGGCCCGAAGGCUUCCUGCUUGGGCUUUUGCGAGGUCACCUGCCACGCUUUGCGCUCUGGCGGCAGUGGCGGAGCCGCGAUCUUGGAUCAAGCGUUCCAAGUGGCUCUAGGCCUCUGCUUGCACAGGCUCGAGGUGUACGAGCCCAACUUGGCUCGUGAAGGUGCUCUUCCUUCGAUGCUUGAGAAGUUGGUGGUGUUCUCUCAGGACUGGUGGCGCAACGCGGAGAAGUUGGAUUUGAUCGUCGAGGUAAAGCCGCAUUUUUGCUCAGCGAUUUGUGCCAGCUUCGCGCUCUUCGCUCCGGAUGGCUCUGCAGUGGCGGAGGUGCACCAUGUUUGGGGUAAGCUUUUGUCUUCGUCUGCGCAGCCGAUUCACGAGCUGCUGUGGCAAAUUGCACCUAGUCCCUUGCCUCAUGAUGAUGUGGCAGAUGCAACAGGAGCUGACAUGUUUGCCUUCAUUUCAGCCUGGGAAUCAUCUCCAGUCACGCAGCUUCUUGAGAAGAACCAGCUUCCAGGCCUCAGCAAAAGCAGGAUGAUUGGACCAGAGGAGAAGGGCAAGGCUUGCAGUGUUGCCUUGGCGGACAAUAAGGAAGGGGCGUGUACCAUCCUGUAUGAAUGGACCCAGGGCAUUGAUGACAAGGAGCUGGAAAGCCUCACAAGGCAAUCUGUGCCCCGCGUGGAUGAAGGCCUGCGCCAAGCUGUCCGUCGAUUCCGAGAAGUGGUGAAAUGGGCUUUAAGCCGGAAGGGCGCGCAGAUCAUUGUCAUCACCCGAGAGUCGCCGCAACUGGCGCCUUCGAAGCCUUCGAAGAGUUCGAUGCCAGGAUCAGGCAUGUUCAUUGCCAUGGUGAAGUGCCUGGUCAAGGAAGAGGUGCCAGCCAGGGGAAUGCUUCGCGUGAUUGAGAUGGCAGACCUCAGCGACGCCAGUGUCCUGCAGCUGGGCCUUGAGAUCCGAUCUCCUCGCCAGGACUGUUCAGAGAUCAUGAUUCAGGAGGGCAGGGCGAAUCGCUUGGAAUUGAUUCGCCAGCCUUUGAGCUUCGACUCCUUGAGUUUAACGGCGCUCAAGAGAGAUGCAGCCUACAUCGUGAUUGGCGGGGCUCGAAGACAUGGCCUCUCCGCUUUGGUGGUCGAGACCUUGGCGCAGAUGGGUGCGGGCACCGUAGUGGUGGUCGGCAGAAACAAAGAGGAUGAAACGUUCUCGAACUUCCGCAAGACCUUUAGGAACACUCGGGUUUUGGCCGUGCAAUGCGACAUCAGUUGUGUCGGCAGCAUUCCAAAAGCUCUGGAGCAAGCAGGAGUGAGGCAACCCGUCCGUGGACUCUUUCACGGAGCUGCGUCCUUUGACGGAGACAAGCUCUUCAAAGGCGUUUCGGAGGAGGCCUUUGAGGCGACGAUGAAACCCAAAGUGCUCGGCAGUUUGGCUCUCCUUGCCACAGCGCAGGAGGCCAAGUGGGAGCUGGAUUAUGUUUGCUACCUGAGCAGUGUGGUGGUCUCUUUAGGCAAUUUGGGCCAGUGCGCCUAUGCAGGAGCCAAUGGUUUUCAAGCUGAUCUGGGCUGUUGGCAAUCUCUUUGCAGCUCCGGGACAUGCCAGUACCAGGUGAUCAAUUUCACUGUGCUCCAAGGGGUGGGAGUCAUGCAUGACAAGCCAGAGCUGGAAAGACAGCUGGAGAUGACCCGUGGCUUUCCAGCCAUCAACCCUGAAUCAAUCCGCCAAAUGCUGCAGACGGUCCUUUGCUCGAGUUUGCCCAUCGUGACGGUGGCCACCUUUGACCGUCAAAAGCUCCCGUCUCUGCCGUUGGCGUCAAACCCCGUGGUGGCCUCCCGCUUCCACACCAUCAUGAACCGCUUCCAGGGAGAAGUGGCCCAGGCGCCUUCUACCACAUUGACGCCGGAGGAACACCCGCAAGAUGCAGUGGCGGACCCGAAGGUGGAGGCGCUUCCGCCUUCUUCGAAGCAGGAGGAGAGAAAGGAUGCCGGCAAAUCCGACGGAACUUCACUGCCCCGGCAGGUGUUGGAGAAACUUGAGAAGAUCACCGGAAAGAAACUCGAAGUUCAACGUCCCUUGGUGUUUCAGGGUGUGGACAGCCAGCUCGCCAUCGAGAUCCAGUCCCAGUUGAAGCCCAUGGGUGUGGAGGUGUCGCUCAAUGAACUGCAAUCCGAAGAUGCUUUGGCGACUCUGCUGGGUAGAGUCAAGUGA